AUGUUCGGCCGAGCGAAGCCGAGCAGAGGCGAUGAAACAAUUCAAAGAACAAAAGAAAAAAUACUUGAUUUAACAAAAAAUCCAUCUGAUCGUCAACGUUAUUUAAGAAUAUUAAUUGAUCAAUUAUCUAUUGAUGAUUUACAAGCAUUUUUUAAAACUGCAUAUCAAUAUAUUUUUUAUCUUUUCUUUGAAAAUUUUAGUCAAGUUGAAAGUAAUAUAACACGAGCACUUUCAAAACAAAAUCAAUUAGAACUUGAAUAUGUUACCAAUUUAUUGGAGCGUAUUCUUACAUUAUUACCUACAUUUGUACAUCAAAGAUGGCAAGCACAUUGUAUCUGCAAUGUAAUCAAACGAUAUUUUGUUGUUUGUAAUAGUCCACAAGGUGUUGCACGUGGCAUACGUUUAUUUCUUCUUUGGUAUCAAAUAUUAGGUAGUAAUGCUGUUGAUGAUGAACAUACAUUUUUUAAAAGUCUUAUACGUAAUUGGAAUCAAACAUUGGUUGGUACACGUAGUAGCGGAGAAAUUUCAAAUACAGAUGAACAAGCAUCGGCAGCAUUUAAUGAAAUAUUUCGUACACCACCUGAUACUUUUCGAUGGGCUGAUAUAAUUCCAAUAUGGCCAAAAAAUACUUCUGAUUAUGAACCAACUGUUGAUCGUUGGCUUUUUUUUAUGUUACAUACUAUGUCGGAUACAUGUAAACGUAUUUUAUGGGAUUCAAAUUCUGAAUCAUCACGUAUAGAAAAACAAGAAGAAUGUUUUCGAUUUCUAUUCGAUAUGUUUAAACGUUAUUAUAUGCCAACACUUUUUCCAACAUUUACUGAACAAAAUAUUUAUGAUUUAUCUAUACCAAUAACAAUCCCUGAAACAGUACGAAGUGAAAGUGAUCGACCAAGAAGACGACAAGCAUGUUUAUGUCGAACAGCAUUUGUUAUAUGGUUAUUACCAUUUCUUAAUGAAGGACAAAAUCGAGAUAGAACAUUAACUCGUGUACAAAAUCCACCUACAUCGCCUCUAAAUAUUAUUGCCCAAUCAACAGUAACAACUAGUACAAUAACUAGUUCAUCAGAUUACUCAUCAUCAUCAAAUGAAUUAUAUCAUAUAAUAACGGGAUCAGGAUCAAAAAAUCAACUCCCAUCAUUUCAACAAUUAGCAAGUCUAAUUGGACCAUUGGAUAGUAAUAUGUUAGAAAUAGGUCAAAAUGUACUUUUAUCAACACAAGAAAAUAUUAAUUUUAUUCAUGAGAUAUUUCGACAGAGUUAUCUUAUGUCCGGUGAAAAUGGUUUAGCUGCUUCGCUAAUUCUUCGUACGGUGAACAAUUGGAUAAAAGAAAAACAUUUAGAACCAGUUUUUAUGCUUGAACCUGAACAACGUUCAUCAUCAAAUGAUGUACCUAAUGAUAAUCAUCUACGUUUAGGUCUUAAUCGUUGGUUACAAAUUUUUAUAACACAAUCAUUUUAUUUAUUUCUUGUACGACCAUCAUCAAUCAAUGAUGAACAACAAACAUUAACAACACAACCUGAACAAGCUAUGCGUGAAAGAUCACUUGCUGGUCUUGUUACAUUCUAUAAAAAAUUACCACAAAGACAUACACCAGAUCGAACAACAUGGGAUUUAAUUUUAAGAGUUAUGUUAAGAAUUGUUCGACUUUCAUUACAAGAUCGACCAACACAAAAUACAAAUCAUACCUAUAUUGAAAAUACGAUAAAAACUCUUCUUUUCCUAUUUCAAUCAGCAUCAUUAUAUGUUAGUGUUGAAUUAUGGAAUAAUUUAAGUGAUACAUUAUCAUCAAAAGUUAUGUGGCCUGAAGUUAUUGAUCAAUGGGAUUUAUCAAUGAGAGCAUUAACAAAAGAUCUUGGUCGUCUUGUUUAUAAAGUUGAAACAGAAGCAUCACAAACAUCACAUAUUCGUCGAGGUGGUCCAAAUGCUGGUAUUCGACGUACUGUACAAUCUGUUCCAUCUAGUUCUCUUAAUCAAAAUUCUUCAUCGAUUAUACCACGUAUACGAACAUUAAGUUCUGAUGACGAUGGUGAUCUACCAGAACAAAUAGCACCACAACAACAACCAAAUCGACCAUCAGUUAUUGAACGUACCCGACCAGAACGACGACGAACAAGUAGUGAUGAUAGUUUAACACAUACAACAGCAACAACAUUAUCAUCAACUACUAAUCGACCACAUGUUUUAGCAAGUAUUCCAAGUAAUCAAAUAGGUGAACAACAAGCAAUAAUGGAAGGACAUUUAAAUGAACAAAAUCCACUUUUAUUCAGUCCAACUGAAUCAUUAAUACCUACUCAACAACAACAACAACCAUUAACUAUUCAAAUAUCACAACAAACACCUAAUUCUCACAUGAGUGAUUUGUCACCACCAACUCAUCCACUUGAUUCACCAAUGAGUGAUGAUUAUAGUAAUGUAUCAACUGGUGUACUUGAUACAAAUAGUUUAAGUGGUAUUGUUAGUGGUGAUACAUUAACAUCACAAUAUAAAACUAACAAUAUAAAUACAACAGAUUCUCGUUCAACAACAGUUUCAGAAUCAACUUCAACAUCAGAUCAUCAUCAACAUAUAUCUCCACCAUUAUCACGUAAUCAUCAUCCAUUAAGUCAAUCAACUGUUGAUAGUCUUCAUUCAUUUCCACAAGAUUCAGCUACAAUCGAUAGUAUUGAUACAACAGUUUAUAUUCAUGAACAAAAUUAUGAAUCAACACGUCUUGCACCUGAAACAGCUUAUACAGCAUGGUUUCGUAUGCUUGGUUCACUUGGAAAUAUAAAUCAAAUACGUGCAGCUGACCAACAUAAUCGUAUAAUGAAAACACUUUUUGAUAUAUGGAAAAUGCUUUGUCGUAUUCAUAUUCUAUCAAAAGAUACUUUACAUGGAGAUUUAUAUUUUGAUGGUCCACCAUUAUUAAUAUUUGCACCAUGGCUUUUUGAAGCUAUACAAACAUUACCAUCAACAUAUCGUGAAGGAAAAUUAUCAGCAUAUAAAUUAUUAUGUUCAAUGGGUGUUUUUAAUCAUGAUGUUUCACCACCAGCAGAUUUUCUUGAUAUGUUUUUAUUAAGUAUUUAUCAAGGUUUAUUAUCAGGAGAUGAAGAUAUUAUUCAUGUUAUAAUUAGUUCAUGUAAAGUAGAUUUUUUUCAUCGAUGUUGGCCAUCAUCAACAUUACUUAUACCAUUAUUUACAACAGCUUGUUGUGACAUUGGUCAAAAACCAAGUCUUGUCGAUGGAAAAAUUAUUCCAAAAGUUGAAGCAUUGACUAUAUUGAGUAGUCUUGUUUGUUUUCCAAAUCAUUUUGAACAACUUGAUGUUUUAUCUACUAAAGAGAAAGAAUAUGUACCUACAACAAUGGAUCGUACAUCAUUAAAACGUAUGAUUAUGCGUGAUUUAAUAAAAGCAUCACAAAAUGAUGCAAUGCUUGAAUCACGAGAAAUUGCUUUAUGUGGUUUAGCAAUAUUUCUUUGUGAAGAAUUAAAACAUCAACGAACUGAAUCACCUAUCCGACCAUUUAUUUUAUUUAUUGUUGAAUGUUUACAGCCAGCUGAUUCAACAGUAUUCGCAGCUGAUAUGCUUCGUUUUCUUGCAUCUUAUGCUCCAUUAUUUAUUUCACAUCGUGAUAAUCAAAAUGGUCAAUUAUAUACAUUAAUUAUUGAUGGUCUUAUAUCAUCAUUACGUUCAAAUAUUCCACGUGAUAUUGGUGCAUUAAUGCGUAAUAAUGUACGUAUUAUAAAAUCUUUAAUAUUUGCAUUAUUGGAUUGGAUAUUACAUGUUCCAACAAAUUAUUUACAACAACAACAAAUACAACGUGAUGAAAAUAAUCAUGAUAUAACAACAACAAUUAUACAACGAACAUUUUCAAUAUUAGUUGAUGUUUAUCAUUCAACAAAUUCAUUAAAUGAUGAACAAAAAGUUCAAGAUAAUGAAUUAACAUUAAGUCAAUCAAUAAAAUUAUGUUGUAAAUUUGCUAUAUUAUUUUUACUUAAUGAACAUUCACAUUUUCCAUUAACUGAAAAUGAAUCAUCACUUAUAACAACAAAUGUACAUGAAGGACAUGAUUGGUUAAUAUCAUCAAAACAACAACCAACAAUACAAAAUGAUGAUAAUCAAAAUUUAAAUCAAUCAGAUGAAUUAAUUAUACAAUCAUCAAAUAUUCAAUUAUUUGUUAUUCAUGAUGAUUUUCUUAUAUCAUUUAUUGAAAUUCCAAAUGAUAAAAUAAAUGAAUUAACAACAGAUAAUCAACAAUUUAUAUCAGGAACAACUUUAUGUCGAACAAUAAUAAGAGAUUUAUGUGGAAGAUAUUGUUGGGAUAAUUAUACUUUUAAUAUUAGUUCAAAUUCAAAAGCCAUUACACGUCCAUUUAAUAAUCCUAUUGAAUUAUCUCUUCCAACUAAAUCAACAUAUCACGUUGAAGAAACAACACGAGGAAUUACAGUAUUGGAAAAAUUUGAUUCUAUUCAACCACCAACUUUUCAAAAUCAACCACCAAAUACUGAUAUUCUAGAUAAACUUCUUCAAUAUAUAACAUCUCAUAGUCCGGAAUUAGCGUUUUACAGUGAUCGAACAUUAACAGAUGUUUCACCAACACCAACAUCGAUUUCUGCUCAUGAUGAAAAAGCUAUUAUAAGAAUGAUUAAUGAACAAGAAACAGCAGAAAAAAAUUAUGAUUCAUCUUCAUUUGGUCAAAUUGAACAACAUAUUGAAAAUGUCAUUCAAUCACCACGUUAUGAUCGAUUUGCAUUAUGUCGAUCACAUAUAACACAACUUGGUUUAAUGAUGUUUGAAAAUCGACAAAAUAUUGAUUUAUUAAAUACAUCAAAAACAAACUGUGAUCAACUAUUACGUGAAUUAAAAAAUUUAGAUACACUUAAUUGUCGUGAAACACAUAAAAUCGCGGUUAUUUAUAUUGGUUAUGGACAAGAAGAUAAAACAAGUAUAUUUAAUAAUACACAUGGUAGUCCAAAUUAUGAAGAAUUUCUUACACAUCUCGGUUGGCAAGUUGAAUUAUCAAAACAUACUGGUUUUCGAGGUGGUUUACAUCCAUUAGCUAAUACAUAUUCAAUAUAUUAUGCAAAUGCACUUGUUGAAAUUAUGUUUCAUGUUGCAACAAUGAUUGAUGGUUCAACAGAUGAAGAUCGUUUAAGAAAAAAAAUACGUCAUAUUGGUAAUGAUGAAGUACAAAUUAUUUGGACAGAACAUUAUCAUGAAUAUGAUAGAUCAAUUAUUGCUAGUGCAUUUGGUGAUGUUUUAAUUGUUAUACAUCCAUUACCGAAUGGUUUAUAUAGAAUUAAAAUUGAUAAAACUAGCCAAACAACAAAUUUCGGUCCAUUAUUUGAUGGUGCAAUUGUUGAUAAACUUAUUCUUCCAGAAUUAGUACGUGCAACAGCUAUAAAUGCUAGUCGUGCACGUCGUACAACACUUAAUAAUCAUUGUGAAUUUUAUGAAGAACGUUAUCGUAUAAUAAAUUCAAUAAUACGUACACAUAAAAAAGAAACAACAUAUGAAGAAUUUCUUGCUAAAUCAUUUACACCAUUAGCUACAAAAACAUUGGUUAUCCAAACAGAUGAGGCAACAAAAUCAACGAAUACGCAAAAUGAGCGGCGAGAUGGUUCGUCCACUGUAACAAAUAAUCCACUUGCAAAUACGCAUACAAGUAGUCAAAAAUCACAUUCAUUUAAAUUCAUAGUUCGAACUCUUGCGUAUCUUGAUCUCAAUUUGAAUUUACUACAAAAAAAAAAAAAGAAAACAAUGCCGAAAAAACGUCAUCGAAAUGAAUUUUUUGACGAACAAGCAGAAGAAGAUUCAGCUGAAGAAAGCGAUACAGAAAAAAAACAACGAGCAGCUGCUAUAAAAAAACUUAAAUCAAGUCGACCGAUGAGUGAUGAUGAUGAUGACGAGGAAGAUGAAGUAAUGGAUGAAGAAGCUGUAAAAGAAUUAAAAGGUUUUAUUGCUGAACCAGGAGAGGAUGAAGACGAUGACAAUGAAAAUGAUCAAUCAGGUUCCGGUGAAUCAGAAGACGAUGAUGACGUUGAUGAUGAAGAUUUACAAUUAAUUGCUGAAAAUACAAAUAAACGAAUAAAACCAAAACGUGUUCAAAUCGAAGGUGAAGAUGAUGAUGAUGAUGAGCUACCUACUGCAUCUCAAUAUGAACCGACAUCAUCUAGUCGUGUACGACGAGAUGAACAUGAUGAUCAUAGUAUUACACAUCAUGAUGAUGAUGGAGGUGCAGCUGAAGAGUAUGAAGAUGAUGAUGAUUUUAUUGUUGAUGAUGAAAAUCAACCACUACCAAAAACAUCUCAUCGUAGAAAUGAAAAUGCACCAAAUAUUGCUGAAGCACAAGCUAUAUUUGGAGAUGAUUUUACAUUUGAUAAUAUUAAUUUUGAUGAUUUAAAUGAUGAUAUGGAAGAUGAGGAUUUAGAAGAUGAGGAAGAAGAAGAGGAAGAGGAAGAUGUACAACCUCAACUUGAUGAAGAUGGAAAUCCAAUUGAAGAUGAAACAAUAUCAACAAAACGACGACGAACAAUUCGAGCUCAACGUCGAAAACCAAAAGCUGAAGAAUUAUUUGAACCUGAAGAAUUACAACGUGGUUAUUUAACAGAAGCAGAUAUUAACAUAAGACGAAUUGAUAAACCAGAACGAUUUCAAUUAAGACAUAUUCCAGUAACUGAAGCUAAAGAAGAAGAACUUGAAGAAGAAGCUGAAUGGAUUUAUAAUGGAGCAUUUCUUAAACCAACAAUUUCUCUUCAACCGGUUGAAGAAGAUACAGCAAAAAAUCUUCAAGUUAAAAAAAAAAUUAAAAAUGCACUUAAUUAUAUAAGAAAUGAUUCAUUUGAAGUACCAUUUAUUGCAUUCUAUCGUAAAGAACAUAUUGAGCCUGAUCUUAAAAUUCCUGAUCUAUGGAAAAUUUGGCAAUGGGAUGAAAAGUGGAUGAUAUUUAAAUCACACAAAGAUAAAUUAAUGUCAAUGUUUGAACGUAUGGAUAAAUAUCGUAAUUAUCAAUAUGAACAAUUAGGUGAUACAAAUGAAGAUACAUUAACAACACGAUUAUUAACUGAUUGUGAUAUUGAUAAAGAACGUUUAAUGCGUGCACAAACACUUGAAGAAAUAGCUGAUUUACGUGAACAAUUUCAUGUUUAUUAUAAUGAUGAUAUACCAAAUAUGCGUUUACAUGAAAAAAUUCUUGAAUAUCGUGAAGAACGUGAUAAACGUAAAAAAUUAAUAACAAAUAUUGAACAAAAUGAAAAUGAUGAACAACCAUUACCAACAAUUGAUGAUGAAGAUGAACUUGAUGAAGAAACAUUAGUUGAACAAAUACGUACACAAUUAAAUAUUAAAUCAAAACCAUUUACAAAAACAGAUUAUUAUAGUGUUUGUAAACAAGCACAUUUAGAAGGUUUAAUUAAAAAAUUUGGUUUAAAACCAGAUAAAUUAGGUGAAAAUCUUUAUGAAAAUUAUCAAAAAAAUGAAAUUGAUCAAUAUCCUAUUGGACCAACAGCUACAUGUGAAGAAUUUAUAUGUAAACAAUUUCCAACAACACAAGCUGUUCUACAAGCAGCAAUAUUUAUGCAUGCACGUCAAUUAUCUCUUGAUCCAUUAGUACGUUAUGUUAUUCGUCGUGAUUUUACAUCACGUUGUAUGAUAAAUGCUCGACCAACACGUCUCGGUAUACAAUCAAUAACAGAAGAUCAUCCAUGUUAUACAAUGAAAUAUCUUAUUGAAAAACCUGUUAAUACAUUAACAAAAGAUCAAUUUCUUUAUUUACAUCAAAGUGUUAAAGAUGGUUUAAUGAAAAUUGAUUAUAUUAUUGAUACUAAAAAUAAUCAACAUAUAUAUAGUGAUGAAAUAAAACGUUCAUAUACACGUGAUGAAUAUUCUGAUAAUGUACUUGAAUGGAAUAAAAUUCGUGCUAUGUGUAUUGAUUUAAUGCUUAAUAAAUUUCUUUAUCCAAAAUUUCAACGUGAAUUAGAAGAAAUUUUACUUGAUGAAGCACGACAAUAUGUUAAUAAACAAUGUUCAGUUUGUUUAAAUGAUUGGAUUAAAAUAGCACCAUAUCGUUUAUCAAAUGAUGAAAAUGUAACAAGUAUAUCAGAUGCUGGUGUAAGAGUUUUAUCUAUUGCUUAUUCAACUGAUCCUGAUGAUGUAUCAUAUGCUGUUAUAUUAAGUUCAGAAGGACAAGUUAUGGAUUUUAUACGUUUACCAAAUUUAAUGUUAAAAGAAAAUUAUUCAACAGAUAAUCGAAUAAAAAAAGAAAAAGAUUUUGAAGCUAUUAGAACAUUUAUUAAACAACGUGUACCAGAUGUUAUUUGUAUAGGUGUUGAAAGUCGUGAUGCAUUAUAUUUACGUACAUGUCUUGAAGAUAUGGUUAAUCAAUUACAACAUGAUGAAGAACAAUUUCAAAAUUUACCUGAACCAAUUAAAGUUCUUUUAGUUGAUACCGAUUUAUCAAAAAUUUAUGCACAAUCACGUAAAGGUGAAUUAGAUUUUCGUGAUUAUCCAAUAAAAUUACGUCUAGCUGUAUCACAAGGACGUCGUUUACAAGAUCCAUUAUUAGAAUUUUCACAAUUAUUUAAUUAUGAUAAAGAAAUUUUAUUAAUUAAAUAUCAUCCAUUACAAGAUUUAAUUGAUCGUGAUCAAUUAUUAAUAACAUUAGAACAAUGUUUUAUAUCACGUACAAAUGAAGUUGGUGUUGAUUUAAAUCGUUGUAUAAUAUAUCCUCAUACAUCAAAUGUUUUACAAUUUGUUUGUGGUCUUGGUCCACGUAAAGCAACACAUUUAAUUAAAUAUUUUAAACAAAAUAAUUUACAAUUAGAAAAUCGUACAUUUCUUGUUGUUAAUUAUAAUAUGGGUAAAUGUGUUUUUUCAAAUUGUGCUGGUUUUAUUAAAAUAAAUACAGAUGCUAUGAAACAAAGUGAAUCAUAUAUUGAAAUAUUAGAUAGUACACGUAUACAUCCUGAAGCAUAUGAUUGGGCACGUAAAAUGGCUGUUGAUGCAUUAGAUAUAGAAGAAUCAUCGGAAAUGGAACCAAGUGCUGCAUUAGAAGAAAUUUUUCAAAAUUCUGAACGUUUAAAAGAUUUAGAUUUAGAUGCAUUUGCUGUUGAAUUAAAAAAUACAAUGUAUGGUGAUCAAUCAAUAACAUUAUAUGAUAUACGUGCUGAAUUAACACAUCGUUAUAAAGAUGUACGUGUACGUUAUGAACCACCAAGUCAAGUUGAUUUAUUUCAUUUUAUAACAAAAGAAACACCAGCUACAUUUCAUUUGGGUAAAUUAAUACAAUGUCAAGUAUUUGAUUUUGCAAGAAAAAAACCAACACCACAACAACUUGAAGCUGCACAACCAGAAAAAGAUGAAAUAACUGGAAUGUUAAAAUGUCCUUUAUGUCAUACAGAAAGAUUUCAUAAUGUUAAAGAAGCAUGGAAUCAUUUUGAUUCAACUAAUCGAUGUAAAGGAACACCAAUCGGUGUACGUGUUCGUUUGGAUAAUGGUUGUACAGGUUUUAUAAAACUUCGUGAUCUAUCUGAUACACCAGUAACAAAUCCAUUAGAUCGCGUUAAAUUACAUCAAGUUAUUUAUGCACGUAUAAUAAAUAUUAAUAUAAAACAAUUUAGUGUUGAUUUAACAUCAAAAUCAAGUGAAUUACGUGAUGAUAAGGAACGAUGGCGACCAGGAAAAGAUUCAUUUUAUGAUCAAACACUUGAAAGUGAAGAUUUAGCUGAAGCUGAAAAAGAAAAACAAUUAAAACAAGCAGCUAAAGAACGUAGUUAUGUUAAACGUGUUAUUGCACAUCCAUCAUUUAUGAAUAUAAAUUAUCUUGAAUGUGAACGUAUACUUUCAACAAAAGAUUUAGGUGAUGCUAUUAUACGACCAAGUUCAAAAGCAUCAGAUCAUUUAACAAUAACAUGGAAAUUAGUUGAUGGUGUUUUACAUAAUAUUGAUGUUAUUGAAAAAUCUAAAUCAAAUCAAUUUUCACUUGGUAAACGUUUAUUAAUUAUUGAUCCACGUACACAAGAAACAGAAGAAUUUGAAGAUCUUGAUGAAAUUCUUGCACGUUAUAUUAAACCAAUGGCAAAUACAGUUUCAGAUAUAAUUACACAUAAAUAUUAUCGUAAUUUAUCUCAACCAUUACCAUCAGCUACACCAACAGGUUCAACAACACCAGCACAAACAGCAACAACAACAACAACAACAAUAUCAACAACAACAUCAGGACCACCACCAUUAUCAAAUGAUGCACAAAGAAUUCUUAAUAAUCUUUUAAUUGAUGAUAAACGACGUAAUCCAACACGAAUACGUUAUUAUAUAACAAUAUCACGUGAAUAUCCAACUAAAUUUCUUUUAUCAUAUAUGCCUGUACGUAAACCAAUACAUGAAUAUUUUACUGUAACACCAAAUGGUGUAAGAUUUCGUUCGAAAAUGUUUCCAACAUUAACCGAAACACUUAAUUGGUUUAAAAUACAUUAUAAUGAUAAUGCUGUUGCACCAUCACCAAUGCGUACAUCAACAACAAAUAUUCGUGUACCACCACCACCAUUACCACCACAACCAUCAUCAUCAUCAAUAACAACAACAACAAAUCCAAUGUCAAUGAAUUCAACACCAAUGGCAGUAGCAACACCAAUGGUUCCAUCAGGUUUUAGUCAACCACCACCACCAAUGCCAACAUCUGGAUUUAGUUUACCACCUCCAACAGUUGCAGUUGCAGCAGCAAGUGCUAUUCCACAAGGUCCACCAACUGGUAUGGUAACAAGUGGUUUUAGUCAACCACCACCAGCAUUAGGUACAAUACCACCAGUAUUACCACCACCACCACCUCAAAUGAUGAUGCCACCAGCGAAUUUUUUUGCUUAUUUUCAACAAUAUCAACAACAACAACAACAACAAAUGUAUUGA